AUCCACACAUCCACCCACCAUGAGAGUCACACAAAUCCUCCGUGGCGGUGGCCCUAAAGUCCCCUACCCCAAACACGUCUGGUCCCCCGCCGGAGGCUGGUACUCGCAACCCGCCAACUGGAAAACCAACACAGCAAUCAUGGGAGGCGUAGUGGUGGGAAUUGCGGCUAUGGCGUGGAAUUUGAGCGCGAACCGCGAGUUUAGGAAUGAGAUGCCACAGCCGGAUCGAUUUUUCCCCUCGAGAUUCUGGUCGAAGCAAAUUAAAGAAUAUGAGGCGGAGCAAAGGGCUGCGGGGACGCCAGGGUAUGAGAAGCGGUAAAGAAGUGCAAGGCGGGGAAGAUGGAGCGAUGAGAGAUGAUGAGGGAAGCAUGGAAGUGGAGGGAGGGAGGGAGAGAGUCACCCAAUACCAGAGGAGGGAGACAGAAGGAGCGUGCACUAUACUGUGUAUACGCGAUGCUAUGCCAUGCCAUGCCAUGCCAUGCUAAAUUAUACUAUCCCAUGACGGAUGGGAGAAGAAAU